AUGAAAGUCAUCAUCAUCGGAGGGGAUGUUCCCGCCCUUGUAUGCGCGAUUACCUGUCGUCGAGAGAAUGUAGAUGUGAUUGUUCUGGAGGGCGAUGUUGAUGUAGAGGCAAGCCCGGGCAUCCAGAUCCCCCCCAACGGAACGUGUCUUCUCCGCCAGUUGGGUCUUGAUGCCGUGCUAGAGAAGGCGGAUGUGCUCGAGACGAUUGAUUUCCGGCGAUAUACCGAUGGAAGCGUGAUCCGGUCGAUGCCGUGUGGGGAGGAGACGUGUCGAGUGUACGGGGGGUCGUGGGUGGCCAUCCAUCGAGAGGAUUUGCUCCAGGGUUUGCGAGAUAGGGCGCGGGGUCUGGGAGUUGAGAUGCGUCAGGCUGUGGUGAGGGAGGUAGUCUGUGAGACUGCCGAGGUGAUCUUGGACGAUGGAGAGCGGGUGCAGGGCGACGUGGUGAUCGAGGCAGAUGAAGUAAGGGAUACCUACCAACUGGGCAUAGACGAAGUCAUCUACCAGACCACCAUUUCACGGAAACAUCUCGAGGCUCUCAGCAAUCCCCGUAUCGAUGAACUGUGGCAACGACGCAGCAUCACCGCCUGGUUGGGACCCGACCAACACGUCAUCUUCUAUCCGGUUCGACAGGGUCAGGCAUUCGUCUUGACCCUCUAUGGCACUGGCAGCACCGCCGACGCACAAGAAAGCAGUCGGGGCUGGGACGACCGCCUGCAAUCCAUCCUUUCCAUCGCCCCCUCCAUCACUACCUCGAGGAUACCCUCCCUCACCUCGCCAAAAACCUGGACACGCAAGCGCAUGACCCUCCUCGGCACCGCCCCCUGCCAGGUCCCAGCCCACCAAGGCCAAGAAACCGCCUCGAGCCUCGAGGACGCCGUCGUCCUCGGCACCAUCCUGGGGUUACUCAACCAGCACGCGAUGAAACCGGACCAGUCCCGGCCCCUGCUCCCCGAGGCCCUCCAGCUCUACGAAGACCUGCGCCGGCCAGCCGCGACACAAAGAACGCAGAGUGCACUCGCCUGUCGCCGCCAGUUCCAAUUACGCAACGGGGUGACACAGCAAUUCCGGGACUGGGUCCUCAGCGGCGCCGGCCUCACCCGGGAGACGGAGGUGGGGUGGUGGAAGAUGGUCUCGUCGGGCCAGGAGGGCGUUCUAGCCGGGGGGAUGGGGCUGAUCGAGGCGACGCGGCGGGCAUUCGAGGAAUGGCGCCAGACUCGGCCGGCUUCUCGACGAGGGAGCUGUGGGAUUGGGGGGAUGCGCAGGAAAUUGUAUGCAUGGUAA